GUCAGGCCACAAGACAUCUGGGUACGUGUGUUUGUGACCCCGACCCUCUGGAAGUGGAGAGGUGCAGGGGGAACCUCCCGCAGCCCCUCUGCGUAGAUGAGAACUUCAAAGAAAGGAGCCCAUAGUGUCACUCAGCUGAGUCUGAAUUUGGGUGGGAGCUCUGGCAGAGUGGGCCCCUGGGGUUUUCCAGUCUGGUAUAGAGAGAUAAGCCUGGGGCAGAGGGGCUGGCUGGUUCUGGACUGGAAAGGAAGUCCAGGGUUCUCUGGCUCCUGUCUUCCAAAUGUGGUUCUUCCAGGUUGGUUACCUUGGCUUGGUUGAGUUCAGUCUCAGACACUACCCUCCCUCAAGGGCCUGCUAUGUACCUGGCCAAGUGCCAUCCAUUGUGGGAGGGAGAAAAGAUGGGCAAUCCUGGACCUGAGAUCCAGGAGUCAGACACAUACUGGGGGAGAGGAGUCUUUCACUGAAAAGGAGUUGUCAGUCCUAGAUGGGACACUCUUGAGUGCCACAUGAGUGGUGUGAAGAAAGUAAGUCCAUGGAAUGUGGAAAGGGGGGAAGCCAGGGUAGGCUCAGAGGAGGGGGCUGGGAGCAGACCCCAGCGGGUGUCCAGGACUAGACCUCCUAUGAGAGGCUCAGGCCGGGGAAGAGUGUCAGGUAGGAGGCGACAGACAGGCAGAUGCGGGGAAGGGACAAGGGGAAGGCUACCAUCAGCGUGUUCUCUGCCUCCCCAGAUCGCACCUCCUCCAGGAGAAUGUGGCCUCAAGGGGCCAUCUUCGUGGUCCUGCCCCUCCUGGGGCCCACCAUUGUCUGGCUGCUCAUCCAUCACUCGAUGCCCGACUGGUGUGAAGCCUGAGAAAGCUGCCCUGGUGCCCACCCCAGAGUCUUGUUGCUGGAGUGGACAACCAUCUACUCCAUCAUGGGCUAUGCCUCCCACCUGGUGUGGAAGGACCUGGGAGGGGGCUUUGGACAGCCGCUGGCCGCUGCCCCUCGGUCUCUAGGCCAUCAGCUGGUGUCCGCCCAGCUGCACCUGCUGCUGCUCUUCGGGCUGGUGAUGCGCACGGCUCUGCUCUGGCAUCCCCAUCAACAAGCUGCCACCCUGCUGCUGCUGCCCUACCUGGCCUGGCGCACCGUGGCCGUUGCCAUCACCCACCACCUGUGGAGGGACAGCCUUUGUCCGAGGACCAUCCCUGGGCGGGGAGAGGAGUGACUGAGGCCGGGAUCAGGGGAGAGGAGGGAGGCCGGGGUAGGGGCAGAGGAGACCACAGCCAAGCUGUGGAGGGGAGGGUGGUGGCCAGAGGUUGCUGAGCCCUGAAGGUGACUUGAUCCAAUGUGGCCACUGUCCUGGGUCCCCUGGUGCCACUUCCCAUCAGGAUUCAGAGACAUGGGACAGGGAGGAAACAGUUCACAGUUAAUACAAAGUAAUAAGUCCUGUAUUAAUAAGAAUUAAUUUAGUAUUAAUAGCAUCAGUGAAUAAAAUCCUAACUAACUUUCCAGGUAUGAUGUGACAUGUGUGAGGUUCAGGAUAGCUGGGUGGGAAUGGACAUGUGUGUGUGUGUGUGUGUGUGUGUGUGUGUGUGUGUGCGUGUGUAUGCACACACACAUGAAUGAAGGUGUAAAUGCCCUGCCAAACCUCACUCAAAAUUUGGGACUUAGAUUUUUAAUUAUUUGAAAAACAAAGUUUCUGAAAAGCCACAGAAAGAUAAAGUAAGAAAGGAUACCAAUUAUCUUGUCGAACUAUAUAUUGUUUAUUUUAUAUUAUG